AUGUCAAACCUCAUACCAGGAUUCACCGGAUACCGCCCGUCAGCAGUCGAGGCCGGCUACGUCGCGCGCCAGCUCCUGGCGAGGCGAUACACGUCCAUCCCGCGGUUGUCACGUCCGUCCGCCGAGGAUGCCGCAGCUAUUGCGGAACUCAUGAACCAUGCGCUGCGCGUCCCUGGUGUGUUCCAGCUGCUUGCCACACAGCACGCGCAGCGACCUGGCGCCAAGUUUGAAGCGACGAUCAACGACCUGAAGCGGCAUUCUGGCGACGUGGGCCAGCUGAUAGACAAGCAGACUGCCGCCGAGGCCACUGCUGUGCUCGCGGAUAUUCUCCCACGCGCCGAGGCGUUGUUGAAGGAACCACCUCCGCCCCACCUCGCUAACGCGUUUGGCAAGGAGGACGCGAUCGCCCUCGCGGCGGCGCGCUGGUUCAAGCACGAGUACUUUACGUGGAUUGACCCGAUCAAGUGUCCCCGCUGUGGGGGGGCCACCAAGUUUGCAGAGGUCAGCGAGCCGAAUGAGCGUGAACGCGCCGGAGGGGCCAGGAGGGUGGAGGUGCACAAGUGCGACAGCGGCGGGUGUGAGGGCCAAAGGCGGUUUGCGAGGUACAAUACCGUCAAGGCGCUCAUGGGGUCGCGCGAGGGAAGGUGCGGCGAGUUUGCACAACUCUUCUACGUCUUCCUCCUCGUCCUCGGCCUCGAGGCGCGGUACGUCUGGAACAGUGAGGACCACGUCUGGACCGAGUACUUCUCCCCCACGGCCGGGCACUGGGUCCACGUCGACAGCUGCGAGGCCGAAGUGGGCAAGCCCCAGCUGUACGACCGUGGCUGGGGGAAGCAGCAGCGCUGGUGUCUCGCGUUCGGCGCCCUCGGCGCCGAAGAUGUCACGCGCGCGUAUGUGGACGACUGGGACGCCUGCCUGGCGCGGAGGAUGCAGCAGACCGAGGACGGACGGGGAGUCACGGAGGAGAGGCUCAAGCUUAUACUCCUCACGCACACUGUGCAGUGUCGCGCACACCGCGGAGACGCGGAACGCGCCCAGCUGGCUGGCGUGGACCAGCAACAGGCCGCUUGGAUCACCGACGCGAGGCGACGCAACUUGGAGGCUGAGCUGGGAGGGCUGAAGGGACAAGGUAGGGAGAGCGGCACCGAGGCAUGGGUGCAGGCUCGCGGAGAAGGCGGAGACGUCCAGAUGGAGGAACCUCCCGAGGUGAUUGACGACGUGGCACACGAGCCAAACACGACAAACGAGGUGCCGGGCGAAGUGAAGGACGGAGUGCGGGAGACUGUCGACGAGGAAGGAGAGGCAGCCGCUGCCGGGUCCGGGACUGUGACUGCGGUGGAGGAGGUCAAGGAGUAG